AUGACGGAAUCAAUUGGUACAGGAACAACUGAAUUAACGUUGCCACCAACUACAACUGUAUUAACAAGCACCGAUUUAAUUUCUAAUCAUUUGCCGGACUCUAGUAGCUACUUCUUGUUUACAACUACUGCCAUGACUGAUAUGACAACAACCAUAGAAACUAUCACAACUACACCAACUUCGACUAGCAGCAUAAUAACUCGCAUAGCCACAGUCGUCAGCACUAGUAGGAGCAGUGGUACACACAGCACAUCAACUCAAUUAGCCACCACAACUAGUUGCUAUCUUGAUAUUCUUCCUGGAUAUAUUGUAUGUCUUAAUUAG